AUGAUUACAGAUAAAUGCUCCGAUAUUGAACCGAAUUUCCUUGUGAAUACGAAGAGGCAAAUCUUUAGCUCCGAAAAUGAAUCUCAUAUUCAUUUAACAAAUAAAUAAAAUUCUUUGGCUGAACAAGAUGACGUUUCCAGUUAAGAAAAAAAUAUUCAUUUUAUCGAAUUGAUACAAUCCAGAAGCUCAGCUAUCCGAACAGUGAAAAUUAUUUCCCCUGAAGAUUUUGGCACAUUGAAACAGCACAGAGGAAGUCUCUGUUUUCAGUCAAGCCUACACAAUAAUGAAAAGUAUUUAUUCCCCUUAAUCAAGAGUUUAAAUCCAACUUGGAAAAAGGGAGGAUUAAAAAUAAUAAAAUAUGUGGCAAGGUUCAUCUAUUAAUUGAAAACAAAGGCUGACAAACCCAAAAUUAAGCUAAUGAAUUUGGAAAUAUUUAAAAAUUUGGGGGACAAAAGUGGGGAUUUUUCAAAUUUCAAGAGAGGGAAAUAGAGAGAAGAAGAGAAUAUUGUUUGUUCAAUAUUUAAUAAAAUUGUAACUUUUAUGGUUGCUAUUUGGAAUGUCAUUUGCAGAUAUUCAAAUCGAUUAGCCAUUAUAUAUCCAGAAAGCAGUUUCAAGAUAUUUUGGGAUUCUAUUGUAGUGUGUAUCAUUGUUAUCAACAUAUUUUACAUUCCCAUGAGUUUGAGUUUUGAAUUAGACAAAUCUAAUUAAAUCUCAAUACUAUUCUUUGAAACUAUUCCUAGUUACAUUUUUAUAGUGGAGAUAAUGUUAAACUUUAAUACUGCCUUUUACAAUUAAGGCAUAAUACACACUAAUCGGAGUGAGAUUUUCUUCCAUUACAUCUAAAACAACUUCUGUUGGGAUUUAUUGAUAACCAUUCCUUUUGUGUUGGCUUAGUUCGAUAUUCCAUAUAUACAAUUUAUUUUAUUAUUACGAAUAGCUCGAGUGAGAUCGAUGAUUUAAAAUGUUUAAGACCUAUUAAACGCCAAGGAGGAAGUAUAAGCAGUAUUGGAAAUGAUUAAAUUAGUCUAUUUUUUGGUGUUGGUUGCCCAUAUGUGUAGUUGUGGUUGGCAUUUACUGGGGCGCAUUGAAUAUGAAAUAUAUAAUGACGAGAGGAGUUGGUUAAUCUAUUAUGACUAUUAUGAUAAACAAUGGUAUGAUAGAUAUAUAGUUUCAUUAUAUUGGAGUGUGAUAACAACCUUGACUGUUGGAUAUGGCGAUAUAGUUCCAUAGACUACAAUAGAGAGGCUAUUUGUAAUUAUUGUGGCUAUGGUCUUAUGUGGAGUUUUUGGAUAUAUCAUUUCAACUAUUGGUGAAAUUAUCAAAACAUUAGAAGAACGAAAAGCUUUUUUAAAGAGAUCAUUAAAAAAAGUUAAUCAAUAUAUUAAACAAAAAUAAUUGAAUUUACAAUUGUCAUUAAAAGUGAGAAAGUAUUUUGAAUUCAAACAUUAGAUCGAUGAAUAGUUAUAGGAAUAAGAUGAUUCUAUUUUAAAUAAAUUAAGUGGAUAGUUAAAAUAAGAGGUUCUGGUUGAUAUUUAUAAGCGAGUUUUGCUAAAAUCAAACUUUUUGAAGAAUAACAUUCCUGAUGAAUUGAUUAACAAUUUAUGUUAGAAGACUAAAUAAGCAACUUAUGCACCUGGAUGUGACAUCGCAAGUGUUAAUGAUACAGCAACAAAAUUAAUUUUUAUUUUGGAAGGUUAAGUUGAUAGCUAUUUUGUGUCCAAAGGAUUAGAAGCACUUUGCAAAGGAGAGAAAGAAAAUGCUAUUAGUAAAUUAUAAAAAGUCUACUAGAAAGGAGAUGUAAUAGGGGAAUUGGAAUUUGUUUUAAAUUCCUCAUAUCAAUAUAAUUUUCGAGCUUCUUCCUUAUUAUAAAUAGCAUUUAUUGAUAGAAAUGAUUUUCUUGCUAUAAUAUCAGAAAAUGAAGAAUGUCGAUAAAAGUUUCACUAAACAAGAGAAAAGUUGACGUAUUAAAAAACUUAUGGUAAGACAUGCGAUAUUUGUAAAUGGACCCAUAAAUACCAGGACUGUCCAUUCGUAUUUUAUUAAUCAAAUCUUGAUAAAAUUGCAAGGAAUGCUAAUUUCAACCUUUAUUAGUAUAGAAAAAAGUUCGAAAGAUAAAGGGAUGUGAAAAGAAAAAGGCAAUGUUCUUUUCGUAAUAUAAUUGUGUCUUAGGGAUUAGAUCUUAUUCUUAAUUUUGGAUUUUUAAACGAAGAUUAAAUCAAUGAUCAAUACUUAGCCAAAUUAGGUUAUGGAGUAUUAGAAGAUGAAAAGAGUAAUUAGUUAUCUGAUAGUCAACUUUCAUUAGAAUCAUAAGAGGCUGACAACAUUUCACAAGAAUAAAGAAGAAGGGUUCAAUCGUUUGAUAAAAUGAAGACCUCUUUUCUGGCUCAGAAAUUGAAAACAAAUUAUGGAUUGAAUUAGAAUUACUCAAAAAAUGUUUUCACUGAGGAUUAAUAGUAAACUCUAUUAUAAAACAGAAGAGUAGAACUUAAACAUUAACAAGAAUAGAUAAUAACAGGAAAUUCUCAGAAAAUUAGUUAGAAUAUUUAUUCUCAAAAUCCAACGAGAUAAAGUAAAUUAUUAAAGUUGGAUACAAUAAUUUAAAAAAGUGGAUCGUUAGGUUCAUAAUAACUUGAUAAUAAAUCUAAAAAUGCUACAGAUUAUGAAACCAAUUAAUUAUCUUAAUCUGGAUAAAAUUUCAUAAUUGAGCUAGAUUAAAUGAAAGAUUAUGAAUUUUAUUUUCCAAUUUUCAAUGUUACAAACGUAGUUGAAGUCUUAAGAAAAUAAAGAUUAGGCCUACUCAAAAUCAACAAAAAAUAGGAUUUACAAGAUAAACUGAGAGCAUUAAGAAUGAAUAAAUCUUAAAAUAAAAUCAAUAUUCCAUCAUCCAAAAAUUUAGAAGAGAAAAUGUGA